CAGAACAGAAUGAGUUAUCAGAAGUUUUACACGAAUCCCAUCCACUCCAGCUCCCUGCUUUGUCAGCUGGCCUCGAUGUGGAAAAAUGAUAUAAUGUGUGAUGCUGUCAUACGAGCCGGCACAGUCAACACAAAGGCUCAUAGAGUGGUUAUGAUGGCAGCAUGCCCUAUGCUGCAGUCGAUGGAGCAUGCAGCAUCAGGAUCCCAGCUAGAGAUUCGACUGUCCCCCGAUAUAAAGCAGCAGUCUGUACUGUCAUUCCUACAGUACCUAUACGAGGGCUUUAUUAUGAUAACAGAGGACAACUACAGAGAUAUUGAGAAGAUAGGGCGUCUCUUACAAGUGGACAGUGUUAUCAAGUGCUGCGCUGAUUUUUGUAAGAGUCUGGUGGACCAAGUUGGUACAUUGUCCAGCAGAGACCAGUACCGCUAUUCCUUCUGUGAUAUGAUUGAGUUCCGUCAUGUCCGCACCUCAGAAUUACACAGAACCAUGCCAGACACUCAGGUCAAAAGGUCACAUGAUCUGUCUCACAAUUCGUAUGUGAAGAAAACUAAAAGAAGACACAACAGCAGUCAGAUGACAACCACCACAAGUAACUAUGGCAACAUAUCUGACCAGUCAAAGAGUCUCCAGGUUGGAGAUGUUCUACAGGACAGUUUAGAGCUGGUACAGACAGAGCCAGGAGAUAGGGGAGGAUCAUGUCUGAGUGUAGGGGUGGGGGUGGUCAGUCACAGUGAACCUAAUAAAGAGACCAGUGUCGUGACCCCCACGGAGGAGUGUUGCGACAGUGCUACUACAUGUACUCAGCCUUCAGUGUCUUUAUCCUCCUCUUCAGUGCAUUCUAGAACACCAGUUUCCUCCUCAGCUAAAACUCCUGCUACCUCCACUGCAACACCAAACAGUAAUGAGGAGACCCCUCCUCCAGAUAUCAGUGAACAAACUCUGGUGAGAGCUAGUGAUCAGGAGUCGGAGUCCUGUGGUCCCAAUAAAUACACAGGAUUAAAGUCACAAAGGUCAGAGUCUGGGAAUCAACUUGGUCUUGAUCUGAGCAUUGUUAAGGUGGAAUCUGGGACUGUAGACCAAGAGAGACACCAACUAUUGGAGCAAGAGCAGGUGGCUUCAGAGUACAGGGACACUGGUCAGCCACAGAGGUCAAAGUCAUCAGAGAUCAUGGACACAGGUCAACAGCUUAACACUAGAAGGUCAUCUGUCGAAUCAGCUCAGAGAAAGUUAGACAGUGACACUUCACAGAAUUUCAGGUGUAACUCUGGGAUACAAAGGCAUUCAGAUAAUCCGCCCCCCUCUACACAGGUGACUCACGAUAACUACCUCCCGGAACAGCAGCUAGUGGUGGAUCACAGAAACUAUCCUCAGAGAAUUAACCAACAAGGUAAACAGUCCAGGUCUCAUGCAGUCUCCACAAAUCCAUACACCACCUUACCAGUAACCACCUCUCUCUUUCUACCUCCAAUAUCUGCAUUAUCCUCCCUCGUACCACCUCCCAUCGCCCACCACCUAGUCACCACAAAACCACCGCCCUCGUGUCUAAUUGACCUAUCAGAGGACAGGAAGGAGAACGGUAGACAUUCUGGGGAUAGUCAGCCCCCCGCGGUCCACAAACUGAUGUACAUCCCCAACAGGAAGCCGUGUACCUGGUGUCAGAUCAAGGGGGUGAAAACCAAGUCUGGGUGGUACUGCUACGCCAGCUAUAAGUGCGACGUUUGUGACGUACCUCUGUGUAAACAGGGCCGAGUGUGCUUCCAGGAAUACCACAGACACAUAGGGAUACCCGACUCAGAGACCAUCAACCCUAACAGUGAAACCAACAGUCCUUUCUUCUUUGAUUGUAACAAAUAGGCUUGGUGAAAUUUUGUGAAAAUGUCAAUUGUUUUUAAAGCAAUAUCAGUGGGUUUUACCUCAAAUUAUUAUGCACAGAUCAUAGAUUUGACAGGAAUAUUUUGUUAGAGAUGAAAAUGAUCAGAUUUUUCUUUACAUAAAUGUCAUUUUAUUUUUACCAUAUGCAGCUGGAUAAUAAGUACCUUUUUUAACUGUUAUCUAGACAGGAUCUUUAUCAAACCUGUGGAAUCAAAGUAAAAAAAAAUGUCUGUUUGUCUGUAAAAUUUCAAAAUGCUUUUUAUCCUUCAGUUUGAUCAUAUUUUGUAAAACCAGACAUAAUUAUAUGUUUCACAUUUUAAUUUAAGAUGACUGCUGUUGCCAUUGUAACUAUUCACAUUCUAUGAUUAAGGGCUGUGAAUCAUGAAUUAGGGAAUAUCACAGUGUUUCACAAUAUUUCAGAAAAAAAUUACAAUAUAUUAUAAUUAAGCAAGUGUUUACAUCUCCUUGGUUCUACAUAUUGUUUUUUAAAAGGAAAAUACAAGUUUUAGCUUUUUUCUUUCA